GCCAAGCUACGUGUUGCACAAGCUCUGAUGAUCUCUAUCAAUCAAGAUAACCAUGAAUGUCCAUAAGUGUAUUUAUAGUAAGUAAGUAUAGGUGAAGAUUGUUUGGAUCUACUAAGUACUACAUUGGAGAGCAAGAAUCAAGUCUAAAGCAAGCUUUGAAAGACAAUGUCACAACCAAAGCCUGGUGGGGAGGGCAGUGAUGGCAAGCCCCCCAGUGACCCCCCAGACAGUGACCCCCCAGAUAGUGGACGUCCCCUCUCUCGAGAGGAGAUGACAAUGUUCUCUCCGUACAACUCUCUCAGGAGCAGUGAACCAGUCUCACAACAGGUUGAGGUGUCCUCACACCUCGAUGAUGGUGAUGCUACAGAAGGUCGGGCAAGAGUGUUCUUCAGAAGGAUGUUCAGCGGAGGAGGGGCAACCAAUCAGAUGAGUGCACCACUACCCACUAAAGCGACCAAUCAGAUGAGUGUACCACCACCCACUAAAGCAACCAAUCAAACGAGUAUACCUCAAACCAAAUCCACCAACCAGUCGAGUGUCCCACCCUCAAAACCGACUAAUCAGAAAGCGUCUACAGUUGCUACCGCCUCUAGGCCUUCACCUACUGUGAACGUCAGCAAAGUUCAAAGUUCAAAUCCUCAAAAGACUGGCAAUAAUCCACAAGCCAAAUUGUUGGUACGUCCUGCUCGAGGGGGUACUUCAAAUCCUCAAAAACAAGCCCCCCAGACUUUAGGGAUUGCACCACAAAAACCACCGUCUAGGCAACCCCCGAAAUCAGCACCCCCCAACAGAGCACCUCCUUCGACGCAACCACAACCUGGAGUGGCGAAAUGGAGUUCAAACGAUAAAGUAUCUUUUAAAUUAGAUUCGGAGCAACUGUCUCUGACGUCGUAUACCCAUCCUCGCCCACCCCCCUCUAACCAUGGCCCCUCGGGCAGGGGACAGUCCAUGGAGAGGUCUGGCACAAUGGACAGGAGGGAAGUGUUGUCACGCUUUGGAAACAUCGGGAAGGAUGAGGAGGGUACAGACCUCCGCAAAUACUGGAUGCCGGACAAGGCUUGCAAGGAUUGCUCAGACUGUGGGGUCAAGUUCAGCCUGUUUAUCCGUCGCCAUCACUGCAGGAUCUGUGGCCGCAUUUACUGCAAUAACUGCUGCUCCCUGACCAUACCCGCUGCUGAACUCAGACCCAACCUACAGGGCAAUCUCCGUGUGUGCAAAGAGUGUAAAAACAUUUUCCGAGAGUUUCAUUCACGAAAGCCGAAACAAGAUUCGCCUCUCCUAAGUAGUGAGGGUCAAAGUUCAGAUUCUUCCAACCUCUCGCCCAGUCUCUCUGGUACUAUGACCCCUAUCAAGCUUCAGGUGACAUCAAGUGAUCCACCGUCACCAAUGAGCAUGCACAGUAGCUCAGGGGAGAGAGUUUUGAAGUCUACAAGUGGCACAUUGAAGAAUACGUCUCGUCCAGUCAGUAUGCUCAGUCCUCACAAGUCCUGGGACGAGGCUAGUGGGCGGAGUCAGGAGCACACUGAUUUAUCACCCUCAAGACAUGACUUGUAUCACCUCACUCGUAGAAGUGGUUUGGCAGGUUUUGACAGUCUCACAGUCGGUCAAAAGGGGGAGAGUCUACUAAACCUGGACGAGGACGAACUAGAGGACAUAGCUACUGGAGUGUGGCUCAAACUACAAGACCCGGACAUUGGUCUACCUCGUCUCCACCAUCGCUAUCGGUUACGGAACUUCCCCGACACGUACAGCGGUCAUGAGCUCGUGGAAUGGCUAGUGGUCAACGAACAUGUGAGAUCAAGGGAGGUGGCCAUUCGUGUCGGUCAGGCUCUAGUGGACACCAAACGUCUCAACAUCGUCACUGCAGAUCCCUACUUCCGAGAAGACGUAAACUUAUUCCUAGAGUUGGUGGAGGCAGCUAAUUCACUGCCGGAUAAUCAAGAGGGUCCAUUACUAACAGAUGCUCCGAAGUGGUUCCAACAUCUCAGAGAUGAUGAAGAGACAGAAAACCAAGGAGAGAUGGAUGUGACUCGAGGGUUCAUCCACGUAUCCCCCACACACCGACGAUCUCUUGCAGAGAAAGGUGUUCGAGUUUCCUCCAUUCAUCUCGAGGCGGAGAAGAGAAACUCACGGCCGACUUCGUAUACCUCUCUAGGACGCGGAGAAUUGGAGAAUGAAGACGAAUAUUUGGUCAUCGAUCGAGAGCAAAGUAUGCGAGCGAAACAAGACCCUCCGUACUUCCCAACUAUACCGAGUAUCGAUCAAACUCUAAGCCCUACUCGACAAAGUUUCUCUAUGAUUGGAAGCGAAGAAAUUGUUCAGUCCCUACCAGUGGAUGGUCUCAGUGCUGCCACAGAGGCGGCCAAGGAAUGUGCCGACGAGAAAUCUAAAGCGUCUAUCCCUAGUGACAAAGCUUUAACUCAUUACGAGCGUGUACACGAUGAUCAUUACCACUCUCUCAUGGUCCAGCAAAUGAAGAGCCUUGGCCUCAACUUGAAAUGGAUGGAAGUGAUCAAACCGCUGAUAAUGGAGGCAACUCGUAACGUUCGUACGGAUGCUCUACCGGACGAUCUGAUGGAUAUAAACCAAUAUGUGAAGAUCAAGAAAAUUCCACGUGGUAUAAGAAACAACUGCACUCUAGUGUAUGGCGUUGUUGGCACGAAAAAUGUCACGCACAAAAAGAUGCUCAGAUCCAUCAAAAACCCAAAGAUUCUUCUUUUAAAAUGUGCCUUUGAAUUCCAACGAAAAGAAAACCAAUUGUCGUCUUUCGACACUCUUCAACUUCAAGAAGAGAAAUACCUGAAGAACCUGGUUGUCAAAGUGAGCACUAUAAAACCAAAUCUCAUUCUGGUUCAAAGCUCUGUGUCUCGGCUUGCUCUUGAGAUGCUGUAUGAGCUAGGUAUCGUUGUAGCCGUGAAUGUCAAACCUUCAGUAAUGGGCCGAGUUGCUCGGAGCACAAACGGCGAAAUCCUACACUCUCUCGAUCAGCUGAUGUUUGGAACUGCUUCGAUUUUCGGUACAUGUGGACAUUUUUACAUUCGUACUUUUCCAUUAUCGGAUGGCGAUAAGAAGACGCUGAUGUAUUUCGAUCAUUGCCCUCAGCAACUUGGUUGUGUGAUCAUCCUACAAGGGGCUCCGUUAAAAGAACUAAAAAAAGUCAAAAAAGUGGUCCAAUUCGGGCUCCACAUUGCUCAUAAUUCCAUAUUGGAAACUCAUUUUCUUGUGGACGAAUUUGCAUGGCCUAAGGAUAUAAACAAAGACGACCCCUCCACACCCCCUGAGGACUACACCUCCACAAGCUCCACCCCGGAAUGGUCGCUAUAUCCGUCCCUCGGCUAUCCCCUAAAAUCCCUCUCUCACGGAGAGCUGCAAAGGAAACUAGAGGCUUUGAAAUUUGUUGAAAUUGAUACAGAAGACUUGGAAGUUGUUUCGGAACUUGCCCCAACUCAAAUUGAAGAUGAUUCAGAAGUUGUUCCUGAACAGGAAAAACAAUUAGUAGUGGAAGAUGAAACAAUGGAAAAAGAACAACUUGUUUGCACGGUUGAGAUUGAGGCUCCUGUGCCAUCUACUGAACAAGAUACCCCAGAGUCUGUUGCUGAAACGAUGGAGGAUCAAAACCAAACGAUGGACGUGCAAACUCCACUGAUUGGGGAUGAAGUAGCCACAAAUACACAAGCAGAUGUAGACAAUGUUGAGGUUAAAGAAGAGCCCUUGAUUCAAACUGUUGCACGCACUCCAUAUACGGGUAUAAUGACAGGCAAAAUACUCGAUGAACUUGCCGAGGAGGAAUUCAAACUAGCCCAUCGAAGUCAACUCCUUUCCAUAUCUCCAUACGUGAAAUUCAAAACUCCGUAUUUACAAACCCCCAAGGGAAGAUCAGCUGAUUCUAGACGAUACCUACCAAACGUUAUCUACUGGUCAUAUCACUUCAAAGCCAAGAACUUAUUCAAGUAUGCCCAACGUUUGGAACUGAAAUUGGACUCCACCACUCGCUUGGAAAUGGGACUCACAAAGAGCACUGUACAGAGCACUGUUGGAAUGGAAUCUGGACGUGACAAUCAGAGUCUAGGUUUGGAACUGGUUCCUACACAACCAUCGUACAAGAGCGUGUCCAGUCAUCCGUUCACUAGUUCCAUUUUCCUCAUUCAAGCCAACAGUAGCGAAAUGAAAGCUGCACUGGCUGAUUUUCGAUCUCGAGCGGGUUACGAAGACGAAGCAAACACAUUUCUUUUCAAAACAGCGGAAAAAGCCUCCAAUUAUCAUCUCUAUCUAGAAAAGGUGUUCAGCAAAUGUCGGGAAUUUGAACUUGCAGCAGCGGCAAUAGAAGAGUCCCCAGCCUCGUCCGAGACAGAGGUAUCCAUGGCAAGUAGCGGAGGCCCAGAGGUUAAAUCUAAGAGGGAUGUGUCUAAGUCGAAAUCACGGAAAUCGAAGGACCCGUUUAAAAAACUUAUGCCUGGAAAUAUUAUUAAGAAAUUUGUUAAAAAAGUUGUUAGGAAAGUUGAUGCAAUAGACGAUGACUCACAGCAAAUUAUUACCGAGGAGGAAAUAUGUACUGACAGCGAUAUAGUGGUCGAUGAUAUGGAAGCAGUAUCGCAGAGUAUACUGUUAGUAUCAACAGAUGAGAACGGUGUGACUGUGGCGGCAGAUAUCAUGGACUCUUCGAGCACGGAAAGUGACGAUGAAGAUUUUAUCAAGGAGCGUGCCACACCUAAAAACGGUGACAAGAAUCGUGAUUCUGGAGGGAGCAGAAAAUGGCCAGAAAAAUUUGGAACUCUGGAAGAUUUUGAUCGCAGUUCUCGGGGAAAUGCGGAGACGGAGGAUGAUUACCAUGGCGACCUAAACUACGAGGCAUGGCUGGCAGCUGAUGAGCAAUUGGAUUGUUUUGAUCCAAUCAAGCAUCAAGGCAUCUCCAUUCUGUUCAGUAACACAUCACAUGAUGGACUCAAGCAUCAGGACCCCUGUGUGCCCCCCUGCGUCAUUCCAAUGUUCUACUACGGCCGUAACGACAUAUCUCUAGGAGAGUUCCUGCAUCGAUACUGCUUCAGGUCUUCCUAUCACUGCCACGCUUGUGGUAGUGACAUGGUGCAGCAUCAACGUCAUGUGAUCCAUGCACUGUCAGCAAUCCACAUCAACAUGCAAAAACUGGUUUCCCCGUUGCCUGGCAACGACGACGGCGUCUAUACUUGGCUGGCCUGCAAAUUUUGUGACCAGUGCACUCCCUACACUAAGAUGUCGAAGGACAGUCUUCUCUUCUCGUUUGCAAAGUUUCUCGAGUUGAAGUUCUAUUCCGAGACGUAUGGUACUCGUUACCAAGGCGACCAGAACUCGGCGUGUACUCACUCUGUCCACAAGGACUAUGUACAAUACUUCCUACACAAAGACAAACUGGCUGCUUUCCAGCCGGACACGGUUGACAUGCUGGAUGUACUGGUUCCCCCGAGGACUAUUCAUAUCACCACUCCUCGUCGGAGGUUCCACUUGGACUUCAAAACGGAAAUAAAACAAGUCCAAAGAAUAGUGGAGGGUGUGUUCUAUCGUAUCGGACAGAAGCUGGAGCGGUACAGACUGGAACCAGUCGCUCACACCGUUGACGACCAUAUUGCCAACUCUAAGGCUGAGCGAGAUGCACUGAGGUCAAAGGUGAGGCAGCUGAAGGAUCUUGUUGUACUCGGGUGUCCGUUCCAAUCGGGGGAGGAGGCAGGAAAAGACAACAUGAAGAUUGACCACGAGAUGGAGGCUAGCAUUAUCGGUAACUUACAGGACAACAUUGCAGACCUCAAGAGAUGUAUUGCAGACCUGGUGGACUGCUGGAACAUAAACCUGGAAGACAUGGAUAGUAAAGUGAGAGAGUAUCGUCGCAAGAUGAGAGAGAAAGACAGCAUUCAGGGGGAGAGUUCUCGAGACAGCCCGGCCACUGCCACGUCCACUAGCUCCACCCACAGCACACCCCUGCAGUCCAUUAUCCCCUCUACAGAGCCUUCAAGGAGUAGUCAAGGCAACACGCCAUAUGGCACACCCCCUGGCUCCACCCACUCUGACUCAGUGGACCUGAACACAGUAUCUGCGUCCAACUUACUGGCUGUGGGAGGUAAGGAUUCCCGUCCCCCCUCCCCUGACACUGGAGCUAAGGCUCACUCCAGAAACCUCUCCGAUAGUGGUCUGCUACAAUCUGAAGCCAUGGACAAAACUCACAAGCGUCAGUUUUCUGACUCUGUGGCUCUUCAGAUAUCGAAAGCGGGAGUCCUCUCUCCCAUGGAUACCACACCCCUUUACAGCUCGGAGGGUGGUCUCAGUUCCAUGGACGCGCCCACCACUCCCAACGGUGGACCUAACCUCAGCGAACUGACAGAAGAGGGAGAAAUCCCUAUCAUUGAAGGGGAAACCCCUAGCAAUGUUGGUGUUGCGGAGGAGCCUGGCGUGGAUGUCCCUGUCAAAGAGGGAGAAAUCCCCAACAAAGAUGGGGAAGUCCCUAAUGAAAAGCCAGGUGUUGAAGGAGAUGUCAAACAUGAAAAUGCACCAAAAGAAGUUCCGACGCCCAAGCCGCAGUCGCAGGACAUUGCCAAGUCAGCAGAGAGAGAGGAGGAGGUACAGACUGACAGUGCCGGAGGACUGCUUGCACGACUCAGAGGCAAAGAGACGCAGGAUUCCAAAGACGAUCCCACAAAGUUCUACCUCCUCGAUCCGUACGUCAUCACUACAAAUAGUCCGAUGAGCAGCCGCUCUUCAACACAAGCUCCUAGUCACUCCACAAGCCCUAGUUAUCCUGACCCACCACUGACGGUGAAGGCAGGCAAAAAACAGGUUGGAUCACAGAAGAGGUCUAGUCUUGCUCAAACAGCCACAGAGAGUCACUCCGAAGGGAGAGGAGGCAGCGAAAAACGAUUGAGGGACAAAGAAAGGACGGGGGUGCUCUCACGUCCCUUUCAACGUUUGCCGCCUCCAUUCUCAAACACUGAGCAUCAUUCGAUGCAUAGCAUUAUCACUCUUCCGAUGAGUAUCUACGAGAAGGAGCCGACAUCCAUCAUCGCCUUUGCUCUGAGUUCCCGAGAAUAUUUACGCAAACUGAAACUGCUUCAGGAACGGACUGCUGUUAAAUUGAGCGGAGCUUCAGCAAAGGUCACAGAGGUCAAACCAGCACCCACUGCCAGCCCUAAACCGAAACGACAUACGAGUGACUCCGAGAAGGGGCCCCCCCCUGGUGCUAAUGCAGCCAAUAUCAAGACAAACCUGAAAGCCGUCAUAAACGAACUUAAGAAGAAGGGAUCAGGUAUCAGCCUCUUCUCUGGCUCAGCGUCAAUUCAAACCUCACCUGAGGCACUAGAAACCACCCCAGAUUUGUCCAAGAAGGCAGAACUCACGACCAGCUUGUCUGUGAAGUCAUAUGACCCGAGCAUAGCGUCAUCACGGUUGAGCGACCCGUCUACGGAGGGGGUGGGGCCUAAUAUUGGACUAGGUGGAGCUGAUGAAAUGGACUCGGGGAAAACAACGUCACAUGUCAGUUUAGAGUUCACUAGUCCUGACAAGUCAGCCAGUUUCUUCUGCAAGGUCUACUAUGCCGAGGAGUUUAGAGAAUUGAGGGAGCUCAUCUUCCCCAGUGGAGAGGAGAGUUUUAUUCGUUCGCUGUCUCGUUGUAUCAAGUACGAUGCUAAAGGAGGAAAGUCGAGAUCAGCUUUCUGCAAAGUAGCAGAUGAUCGAUUCAUUCUGAAGCAGGUCAAGUCAAUAGAGAUAUCAUCAUUUGAGCUCUUUGCUCCUCACUACCUCAAGCACGUCACAAAGGCUCUGGAAGAUAAGCGACCUUUGACCUUGGCCAAGAUUCUCGGUGCGUACAGUAUUGGGUUCCGCAACUCUCGUACCGGUUCCUCAAAGCGAUUGGACGUUCUAGUGAUGGAGAACCUUCUGUACGAGCACAGCACCAACAAGGUGUUCGAUUUGAAGGGCUCCAUGAGAAGUCGAUUCAUUGAUCCGUCUAAAGAGAGCAGUGGGGACGUACUGUUGGAUGAGAACUACCUUCAAUCAAUUUGCUGCAACCCAGUGUACGUGUACCCCCACUCCAAGUGUGUACUGAUGCAGGCCAUACUAGCCGACACUGAGUUCCUGGCACAGAACGCCAUCAUGGACUACUCUCUACUCACUUGCAUCGACGACUCCACGGGAGAACUUGUCGUUGGAAUUAUUGACUAUAUCCGUACCUUUACGCUGGAUAAGAGGGUGGAAAUGUUCCUCAAGAAGACAGCUGGGAAGACGCUACCAACUGUCGUGUACCCUGAACUUUACCGUAAAAGAUUCUGCGAGGCAAUGGACAAAUAUUUCACUGUAGUGCCUGAUAAAUGGACAGGGCUAGGUGCAGACGUCAAGUACUAGCAUUGUAUUAACUAUAAAAUUAUUAUAAUUAUGUGUGUCAUGUCUCUGGCGUGAUUUUGUUUUUAUUGCUCAAAGCAUCACUGUAAUGUGACUAUGUUCUCUGUCCUCAAUUGUUAUUUCUGAAAUGUUGAUAGAAAUGUGCUGUCAGUGCUUUUGUUGCUGUAUUGAAACACUAUUGUCUGCAUG